AUGUGGGGCAAAUUGGUGGUUUUUCUAGGGUGUGUGCUUGCGGUUAAACCUACUGUCCGCCUAAGACACAACGGCAACAUUUAUCGCAGCCAAGCCGACGCUAUCUUUAUUACAGCCGAAAGGGCCCUCAACUUCAUGGUGAAAAAUCAUGAAACUUUGAAUCUGGAUGGAGCUGUGGGUGCGAGAAUAAUGCAAGGUGUGUAUGAGCAGUUGAUCAAAACUUAUGGCUUGAGUUUGCCUGAAAAAGUGGUUAGAAAAAUGAAACAAGUUGAGGAGCUGGCCGGGAUAGCUGGGGACCUCGGUACAAUGACAGCCGCCUUAAGGACGCCCUUCUAUUUUUCAAGGGCUGGCUUUCUACUCCGCCCAGAACUUUGGCGCUUUUUCCUCCCAUCACGACGUUUCAAGACGCUGCCGACAGUUGACAUUGGCUCGCUGUCAGACUCCGACAACCUGGAGGAGGAGCCCUCGGACCUUUGUCUCAGGGAGUUCAUUCCACACAACCUACAUCCUCGUUGUGGCAUUUCCAAAAAGUGCUUCAAUGCGAUGACCACAAGUAAUUACUCAUCAUACAGUCUGACGCACCAAUUGCUCUACUUCCUGGUCGGUAUUGGGGCCCAUUGUGAGCGUGAACUGACAGAUUUAAUGGAAGGACCACCAAGCACCAAGCAGAUAGAACAGCACAUGUCUGGUUUUUGUGCCAGAAUAGACAGUGAGGCAAGAACUUUAGAAGACCAGGAUUUUCCUACUGAGUUCCGAGAUCUUUUUAUGGAACAAGUCGGUCUCUGUGGAAUUGCUGGAUUCACUCAAAUUGCCCGUCUAAGGUGGCUAGACCACAUAGUCUCCUGGCAAAGUGCAACUACUGGCUGUUAUCAUCGCUUCGAUGGAGAGAACCUCAAUCCGGAAAACUUCGAUCCAAGUCACUAUGGUAACUACCGGAGGCGCCGACGCUCAGAGAGCAUCAUGCAAAGCGAGAACGAUGAAGACGACGUUUGCUUAUCUCAUCGCACGGCUGUGGCCUUGUUAGCCCUCUCAGCCUACACCCGCCGUUUAGUUGAGGAGGUCGUAAUGAAGGGCGUCGCCUAG